AAGACUUCCUCUGCUGCCAAGACUCGUUCAGUUCAGUCUAGUAGUGCCAAUUCCGUAAGGCCUGAGGCUCAGCUCCAACACUGAACAACAAUGGCUUCUUCCUCGUCGUCCUCUUCGUUCUUUGAUAUUGAGCCGCUCGACGGCGGUGAGACCUGCCGCCACGCCAUGGACGCCUGCUCCCUCUGCGGGAAGCGGCUCGCUGGGGACUGCGACAUCUUCAUGUACAGAGGAGACACGCCGUUCUGCAGUGAGGAGUGCAGGUGCCACCGAAUGGUAUUGGACGAGGCAAGCGUGAAGAACAGCAAGCCCUUCAAGGAGCAUCCUGCACAAAAAGAGCAAAGCCAUGCUGCCGACCCCGGCCAUGUCGGACUCGCGGCAAAUGUGCCCGUUGCGACGUAAUCAGCAGGCAGAAAGGAAGCGUCCGAUUCCCUUCGGAAUGAAGCAACAGUCCGAUCGUGAUAAAUAGAGGCAGUAGAUCCAACGUUGUAUUCUCGUUAUCGACUUUUUUUCGGUUCUUUUUUGUCGCUCACUACCGGUAUGCGAGGUGUAGACGUGAGCAAGAGUGGAAAGAACAGUGGGUGUACAUGACGGCAUUUCCCAAUUCCCAGUUGGCCCUUGCAAUCA